GUCGCCACCAGUCUGAACGAUACGUACAAAAGACGGCGUUAUCUGGAUCCCUGAUACCCGCUCACAGCUGAAGAUGUCCGUACCCACCAAGAUCCAGGCUAUCACCUUCGCCAAGCAGGGCGGCGUGGAAGUCAUCGAGAAGACGGAGAUCCCGUUCUCUCGCGGCGGCCCGGGUCAUGUUAUCGUCAAGGUGCACUACGGCGGGGUCAAUUUCAUCGACACGUACUUCCGAGGCGGAAUAUACCCUGUUGAGAAGUUCCCGGGGAUCAUCGGCCACGAGGCAGCUGGGGAAAUCGUUGAGCUGCCUACGGACGAGAACGUGUUGAACAGCGAGGUAUACAAGAAGAGAGGGUUGAGUAUCGGCAGCAGGGUAGCCUUCUUCUCUACAAGCACGUUUGCUGAAUACGUCUCGGUCCCUUGGGAGAAGGCGGUCGUCCUUCCGGAUUCCGUCACGUACAGGAUCGGCGCCGCUUCGAUUCUGCAAGGCCUUACUGCGCUUUCGUUCGUCACGGAGGCGUAUGAAGUCAAGAAGGGCGACACCGUCUUUGUACACACCGUCGCUGGCGGUCUCGGCCUGUUUUUCGCACAGCUAGCGAAAGCAAGGGGUGCGACCGUGAUUGGAACGACCUCCACACCCGAGAAAGCCGAAAUCGCGAAGGCUCACGGUGCUGACCACGUCAUUCUGUACAAGAAUGAGGACACCGCCCAACGCGUCAAGGAGAUCACGAAUGGCCAAGGCGUGGACGUUGUCUACGACGGCGUGGGCAAGGACACAUUCGAGCUGGACUUCGAGAUCAUCAAACGCAAGGGGACCAUCGUCUCCGUCGGCAACGCCUCAGGCGCCGUCCCGCCUUUCCCACCUCUCAAGCUAACGCCCAAGAACCUCAGAAUCUUGCGACCUUCCUUGGCGAACUACCUCGUGACCCCCGAAGAGACGGACUUCUACGGCCCGAAGUUCUUCUCCCAUAUCGCAGACGGAUCCCUCAAAGUCAACGUCUUUCGGGAGUACCCCUUCACCGCGGAGGGAGUGAGGCAAUCACAGCUCGACCUGACGGGAGGGAAGACGACCGGAAAGCUCCUGAUCAAGAUUAUCGAUUGAAAGGAUCGCUCUGGGCCUUAGGUCGACGGCUGGCUUCGAGUAUCUUGACAAGACCCAUAUGAGCUAACAAACUGUAUUCUGCUGCGGGAGCUAGGCAACUAUUCUGUUCUAAC